AUGAUUUAUGGUGUAUGGGCUACUGUUGAGUUUAGUAAAUUUAUUAGAUUUAAAAGUACUGAUAUUGAUAGUGAUAAUAUGGAGGGUGAUAAAAAAAAAAUUGAAUUAGUUGGGUUGAGAAAGACAAAUUUAGCCUUACAAAAGAUGUUUCUUUUUGAUUGUUUUGCCUCAAUGGUAUAUGCCAUCAUUAUUUUGUCAUUUCCUGGGCAAAUUUUAAAGUUUACCUUAAAUAAACCUGGAAAUUUGGAUAGUUUUCAUAAGUUGUACUGUAGGUAUUUUGGUGCUUACAUGUUAUAUUCAGUUAUCAUGUCUGCUGCUGCUGUUUCAUUAAACCCUAGACAACAAAAAUUUUAUGCCAUCCAAAGAGCAAUCACACAGACGAUAACUUUUGUUAUACAUAUUUAUGGUCAUUGGAGUUUAGGAAUAUACUCUCCUAAUCAUAUUACACCAUUUAUGAUCAGUGGAUUUUAUAUAACAUUUAUUUUAUCAAUUUAUUUUCGUGUAAAAAGUCGUGAUGAGGAGUCAAAUGAUGAGGAAAUAGAAUAUUUUGAUGAUAAUGAGGAUGACUCAACUAUUGACAAUGUGGUAAAUUAUGAAGGAAAAUUGAAGACUAAUUAG